AUGCUCGAGGCCCGCCCGCGCGCAAUGACAGACCCAGACACGGGCCUCAAGGCCAAGCUCGCGGCGCUGCAGACGCUCGACACGGCGCCGUCUCCGCGGCCCGGCAAGCUCGAACUCGUGUCCCCAACAACGCCCGGCACACCAGCAACAUGCACCCCCAAGCCUCCGAUACGCGUCGGCUUUGUCGCGCACGUCGACCCGCCGGCUGAGAUCGCGGAGGGGGUGGAGCGGAGCAGCAUCCCGCGCACGGUCGCGAGCGUCGCUGACGCCGUGCGCUGUCUGCAGGCGUACGCGGGGACGGGGCGCGACUACCCCGUCCGCGUGCUCACGGCGUACGGGCGCAACGCGCUCGCGGCGGGCGGCUCGGCCGAGGGCGUGCUCUCCGCCUUGGGGGAGAUCGCAGCCGAGGUGCAUGUCGCGCCUGGCGUGCUCGAGCUGGUGCGUGCCAACCUCCACCUCGUUUGA